UGUUGCAGCCUUUCAAGCAACCUGAUAGUCAAAGCUGGGACCACAGAUACAAACCACAAUGACGCGAACACACAGGAAGUACAAAUUGAGAGGAUAGUCCCGCACAAACUUUUUAAUCCUAUCACACUGAGAUACAACAUUGCACUUCUGAAGUUGAAACCCCCCCUUGUAUUCAACACCUUUGUGGAUGAAAUUUGCAUCCCAGAUAAUUCCAAUGUUGAAGAACAUCAGUAUGGUAUCUGCCACAUCACAGGCUAUGCAGGGCCCAAUGCAAACACCAGCAUUUUACAAGAAGCAGAAGUGAAGAAAAUUGGCAAUCCCAGGUGUAACAUGCCUACCUGGUGGAACUACAAAGUGGCGAGGGACAUGUUUUGUAUGUCUCAUCCCAGUGGCAUGGGUGGUCCUGAUGGUUGUGAGAUGAAUCUUGGGGGCCCUGUGAGCUGCUUCAUGCCUGCAAACAACCGCUACUACAUCUAUGGGGUGCGGGUGUAUACCCAAGACUGUGGUGUGCCUCGGCGGCCCAACAUUUACCUCAAAGUGAGCAAGCAUUUCUACUGGAUUCAAAGAGAAGUUGGGGACAGCGCCCCCCCCAUCCUUGCACCAAUUCACAGUCGUUCUUUGGCCAUGUGCUUUUUGCUUUCCAGCUUAGCUAAGGUGGUGAUUUGACACCAGUUACAUUUGUGACAUUUUAUUUAUUAAUUUAAUUUGAGAGCAGUCUAAAUAUUUUUAACUAAACAUAUGAUACUAUAAAUAAAAAGUAUGGAGGAAAGGAUUUUGAGCGCUCAGACAACACAAAUGAAGCUGACACCCCCCCCCCAGGGGCAGGGAGCAGCACCAUAGACACCAGGCUUGAAGGGGUGGGGUGAAUAGUAGAGACAGUCAAAGGUUUGCCAUGCAACACCAAGGUAGAUGCUACUGUACGUAAUGACUUUUUUGUUGAUGCAGAUUGUAGAACAUUGGGUUGCCUUGUAUUUGAUAUCUCAGAUGACAAAUUAAGUAGACUUCACCCUCCACAUAUACUCA